CCCUCUCACUUCGACACGCAGCAGCCCGUUUUUCCCUUCUCAACUCGCUUCCUGAACCAGCCAAGUACGAUGCGGUGUGUGUUUCGCGCCUUCCUCUUUGCCGGAUUUACAGCUCUUGCUGUUGGCAAAGCUGUCGUCCAGCCAUUGACCUUCGCCGACACUUCAUUAUUCCUCAGUAACACAUCUGCGCGGAUCGCUGUGCCAUUCGGCACUUUCGAUAGCGUCAAGUUUUCUGAGCCUUCACUCGUUCAGACUGCUGAGUCCGACUUCGAUAUCAACAAGGUCGCCUCUGACGGAGUAUGGGAGAAGUACAGGGCAAAAGGUUUUUGGUAUGGUUGUCUAUUAGAUAUGACGAUCGAAAAUGCCGGAAAGGCUAUGGAAGACACCAGAACACCGCCAUCUGCUGAGUCCGUCUGGCAAGGUGACUUUUGGAACGACAUCCGGAACUGGGGCUGGCACGAAGCCUUGUUAGACUCAUUAUCCAAUUGCGACUUCCGCGAUGGCUUGGAUGUAAAGUUUAACAACAAGAUCGGCACCGCUCUAUCCGCCCUCGGACUCAGCCUCCUUCCACUCGGCAGUGGCGGAGAUAACGAAUGCUACUCGAUUGAGCACGGCAACGAGGAUCCAGAGGACGAGAAUGGCGAGGAAGUAUACCAGAUUAACGGCCUCGAGUUACCCUUAACAGGUGCACAUUACCGCUUCGCUAUGAAUAAACGAGAUGGUGCGAUCUUCGCGCAAGACUUCCUGAACCCAAAGACUGCAGCAGAGAAGCACAUCCAGGACGAUUUCCCGGAAGAUCAACUACCGCGCUUGUCACGCCCUUCAGAUAUAAUGUGGUCAUACUGGCUUCGCAGCAAUUCUGACCCACAAAGUUUGCACAACUACUUCGUCAACCACGUCAGGAAUGAUGAAACAUUGCCGCUGAUCUCCAGGGUGUUGAAGAAUCAUCAGCUGACCAAGGUGCCGUACUGGCCAGGCUCUCCGAUGGGCUCAACGAUCGCACACUUUCUCAUUCAGCACAAAGCAACUCUGGGCAUCAAGAACUUUGAGAGCAUCGUGAUCUUCAGGGAUAACUACCCGGAGACCCACCCAGGCGCGCAGAUACCUGAAGUGCAGCUUCUGUUCAGGAUCCUUGAUGUUCCCGCGCAGGAGGUGAUUGACGAGGAUAUCGAGAUGCCGGAUGCGGGGAAGGCGGAGAUAAGGCGAACGGUGCGGCUACAAGGUGAGAGUGGGAAGGAUAUUGUGAGGGAGCAUAGGGUUGUUGUUAGGUGGAAUGCAGACUGA